ACCAAUUUUGUGUUUGAUUGUGAAAUUUGUGGUUGAAUGUGCAUUAGAUCGGGUUAAUUUGUGGUUGAACGGAGGCUGGUCGGCGUACUGGCAGUUUCCGGCGGGUCCGAUUUGGACCUAAUUGAAUGGAUCCGAACGUGAACCUCAACGACAACCACUCCGAGGGAGAUAGCGUGUCUCCCCAGCAACUUAAUGCGAACCAGAACCAGAAUGCCCCUCAUCAGGAAGCCCUGCACGGUGGACUUGCUGGGAUCCCGCAGAUGGAUCCUGCUCUCCUGAUGCAGCUCAUGCAACAAAUGUUGAUCAUGAAUCAGAACGCAUUGGCUAGGAAGCCCGAGCCAAGGAUUACUUUGGAGAGAUUGAGGAAGAAUGGUGCUGAAGAGUUCCUCGGGGAGAACAUCGCUGAUCCGUUGGUAGCGUUCUGGUGGCUGGAGCGCGUACGUUGCGUGUUCGAGAACUUAAAGGUCCCUGUGGGUGAGUGGGCUGAUCUUGCUGUGAUGUUACUGCAGAACAACGCGUAUGAGUGGUGGAAACGCACCACACGGAAUGUCGACCACCCUCCCCAGUUGACGUGGGAGUAUUUCGAUCGCGUGUUCAGGGAGGAGUACAUUCCGGAGUCUUUUGUUGAGGAAAAACGCGAGGAAUUUAUGCACCUGGAGAUGGGGACCAUGAGCCUUCCGGAAUACCGGCAGCUCUUUGAUCACCUGGCAGAGUUUGCUCAAGAUCUGGUGAAUACUCCAAAGAGACGAUGCGAUAGAUUUGUUAAGGGCAUGCACAUGAACCUCCAGGAGGGUAUGUCUACGGCGUCUAGGCAAGACUUUGGCGUCAUGUAUGAGCAGGCUAAGGAGGUGGUCAGGACCCGAGAGGGAGCAAAGCUGGUAGUGGAGCAAAAGGCAAACAAGAUGCCGGUUCAGGUAGCCAGUGCUGGUAAGGCCUAUUCGGGGAAGAGACCUCUGAGUGGGUCUGGUAUUCAGUCGUCCAAGAAAGCCAAGUCAGGACCAGCUCACUCAGUGGCAUCCAGCAGCAAGACAAGGCCGUCAAAGCAUCCGAUGUGUGAAUCCUGUGGGAGGAAUCAUCCAGGGGAGUGUUGGAGGAGUUUAGGGUUGUGCAUGGGAUGCGGAUAGUCUGGGCAUUACAGGAGGGAUUGUCCUACUAAUCCUGGUCUUCCGUUCCCCACGGCUGCAGCAUCCACUCAGACGACGGCUCCCCGACCUGCCCAGAGUCAGCGUUCGACGGCCGGGUCACAGCCACAGCGACCCCCGCAACAGCGGCAGCCUUAGGCUGCACCACAUCAGCAGGGCAGGGCUCCAGCGAGGACAUACGCUACGCAAGGGCGUGCUGAUCCUAAUCCUGACGUCAUACUUGCUAUGUUUA